CCUAGAAAUAGUUAGUUUCCAACUUGAAGAUGUCGAGCCACCAAGUAUUACUUAUUCUUCUAUUAGGCCUGUUUUUCACCAUGGCCUGGAGCCUGCCAGCUCAGCCUUUAAAUUUGGAAAACUCGAGCUCGGAAAUCCAACAACUUUUUCGAAAACUAGUGGAACAAGUUCAGAAACUUAUUGCAGAAUUCUUGAAAGAGUUUAAGAAACUAAGUGGACAGUGA